UCCAACGCUCCGAGUGAAGUGAACACACAGCAAAACCGCCUCAUUUUCGAUUUCGAAAUCCGCUCGAAUUCUAGAAUUGCCUGCGCUUGCGCCAGAAAACUCUUCGUUUUUCUAGUUUCAAAAAUAAUCAACAGCUGUCCGUCCCCCCCCACUGUCUAAACUAAAAAACUGUUCUUUUUCCGGAGCGUGUGUUUUAGACCCUUUGUUUUCCGAUCUUCAAAACUCUGAAAACUAUUUUGAUAUAUUAAAAAAAAAGAACGGGGGAAAAAAGAUAAUAAUAAACCUCACACGUGCGGUUUCUUUGCGGUCUUGACGCGGUUUCCGUUUUCGUCUGGGUGUGUUGUUUUAUGCAAAUCGGGGUAAACUCAAUCAUACAAAUACUGUUUGCUAAUCGGUUUGUGCUGAGCAAAUUAUAUAAUUUGCCAUAAGCAACUAACAUUUGUUAGUUGUCGCCGCAGUUAUCGUCGAGUGCAAGAGCGGCACAGAGAGGCGUCAUGUCCAACACGGAGAAAGGAGGAAUGCACAGAGUGCGAAACUUCCUAUCAUGUCGCCAAGUGCUGAACCUGCUGACCAUGCUCGGCUUCAUGCUGAACUACGCCCUGCGAGUGAACCUCACCAUUGCCAUUGUGGACAUGGUCCGACCAAAUGUCACCUCACCAGCGGGAAAUGCCACCCUGGCGGGAAAUGCCACAUCUUUAACGGGGAACAGUACGUCUGGGAACAGUAGUUCCCUAUCUCCGGACGGGGUGGAUGUGUACGAGGAGCGCUUCUCGUGGGACACCUACCAGACCAACUUCGUCCUGGGCUGCUUCUUCUGGGGCUACAUCCUCACCGAACUGCCUGGUGGUCGUCUGGCCGAGCUGAUCGGUGGACGCCGCGUCUUUGGACAUUCCAUGCUAUGGGCCAGUCUGCUCACCCUCAUCACCCCGCUGGCGGCGCACAUCAACUAUGUGGUGCUCAUCGUGGUGCGAGUGGUGCUCGGCUUCAUGCUGGGCGCCUCCUGGCCAGCCAUUCACCCCGUGGCCGCCGUCUGGAUUCCGCCCAUGGAGCGCUCCAAGUUCAUGUCUAAUAUGAUGGCUUCUUCCCUUGGCGCUGCGAUUACCAUGCCCAUCUGUGGCUUCCUGAUCUCCGUGGCCGGCUGGGCCAGUGUCUUCUACCUGACAGGAGCCGUGGGUCUGUUGUGGUCCCUGGCCUGGUUCACCUUUGUCUACGAGACCCCGGCCACCCAUCCCCGGAUUUCUGCCGAAGAGAGGCGGGAGAUUGAGGAGGCCAUUGGCACCACCACCUCCAAGAAGCGUCCGAGCCACGUGCCCUGGGGCCAGCUGCUCUGCUCACCCGCCGUCUGGGCCAUCAUCAUCUGCCAUGGAUUGGCCGUCUUUGGUUUCUUCACGGUGGUCAACCAACUGCCCACUUUCAUGUCCAAGAUUCUGCACUUUGACAUCAAGCAGAACGGCUUGUUCUCUUCGCUUCCCUAUCUGGGCAAAUACGUAAUGGCUGUGGCCUCAUCCUAUCUUGCCGAUUACCUGCGCAAGAGGGGUACUUUGAGCACGACGGCUACUAGGAAACUGUUCACUACUUUUGCUUUGGUUAUUCCGGGUCUGCUGAUGAUAGUGCAGGUGUUCUUGGGCUACGAUGCCACCUGGUCCGUGACGAUCUUCUCGUUGGCCUUAUUUGCCCAUGGUGCUGUCACCGCUGGAUAUCUCGGCAAUGGCUUGGAUAUUGCACCCAACUUCAGUGGAACCAUCUUUGGACUGGCCAACACACUGUCUUCCUUCGGAGGAUUCCUUUCUACGUGGAUGGUGGGAGCCCUCACCUACAAAGAUGAAUCCUUCCAUUCGUGGCAAAUUGUGUUCUGGAUUCUGGCUGCCACCUAUAUCUCGGGACCCAUUGUGUUCGCCAUUUUCGGCACCGGUAAACUUCAGUCCUGGAACAACCCCCCAGAGCGCGUUAAGAUCAGCGAUGUCACCCAGGAGGAGGGUGUUCCCCUAAAGUACGGAAAGUGAAUUCGUUUUGCCAGUGAGCCUCAGUCGGUGCUUCUACUGUUCCAGUUGAGGGGAAGGGAAUGAAAGCCAAGAGUUCGAGAUAUCGAGAAAAGAGUAUCGAUCAUCCGCACAAGUUAUAGUAGUUGCUACUGCACCUUUGAGAUUAUGUGGUUUUCAUUUGCCAACCGCUUGAUCACUUAAAAAAUGGGACAGAACAGAAACACCGGACACUCAACACGGAGAAAAACAUAAUAUGAAAGACAUUAUUUUUAUACAUACACAGUUUCUUCGCACAAAAGGUCACACACAAACAUCUCAUACCCAUCAUAUAAAAAACCCAAAAAAAAACACUGUACACCGAUGCACCCGUCUGCUAAAUGGAAAUUGACUAUAUUCAUAAGUAAUAUUUACUUCUAGAUGUAAGCGUACACCUGUAACUGUAUGCAUAUAUGUAGCCUAAAUGAUUUAUAGUAUUCUGUAUGUCCACAGAGCGCACAGCUGGCUGGUGGAUGGAGCCUAUCCUAAGGUCGAUCGAUCCUAACUGUCGAUCAGCUGCUGUGCCCUAUAUGUUUCGUUUAAUUUAUAAUGUAGCCCUAACUAUUGUCUAGCUUAGAUGAACAAAAUACUUAUGCAAGUAGUGAAAAUACUUACGGAUAUGCCGAUAGUGUAGCUAAGUUGAUUAAAGACCGUAACUUUGUACUAUACUUGAUUAUUUAUGUAAUUAAUUUAAACAUUUUCUAAGUUCAUAAUAAAGCGUAACUCAGAAAGAACA